UCAUGAGAGUAAGUGUAUAGCCGAUGCAUUGAGAGAAUUAAUUACAUUUGCUAAAUCAAUCACAUUCUGAGCUCGCAAUUACAAACAAAAGAAAAAAGGAGCCGCAGAAGCGUAUGAAAGAAAAACGUGAGCGCUGCUGGGUGGUGAGAGCGUGCGAGAGAGCGCGACCAUGAAGGAGAAAAUAAUAUCGUGGCAAAAGCAAGCGGCGGUGAAAAAUUCGAAUCAAAACGCAAACGGUUGUGCACGCGUCGUCGUUGUCGUACAGAAAAGAGAGUCCAAUAAUUUGAUUCAUGCGGGCGCCAAAUUAAUACGGCAAAGUAACUAACAUACAAGCGAAAUUCUUAAAACGCAGUUCAAAAGCGCUUCUUAGGAGUGUGUGAGUUUGUGUAAGUAACGUGCACUAAAACAUACUAUGUGUGUGCGCUAGUGUUUGUCAGUAAUUGUGCAGUUUGUGAAAGUUUUUUUGCGAAAGUUUUGUGAUCACUUUAAAGCGCAUUUGAUAAAAGCGGCCACCGAUUCACUCACUAAAUAUAUAUAUAGAGAAGCGUUUUCAAGAAUCCAACGCCAACGCAACAUUUUAUGCGGCAUUACGUUUAUGCGUGAGCGGGAGCGCCAUCGCCUGUGUGUGUGUUCGUGUUCUUAUUGGCAAACGUCAAUUUAUAUAAUCGUCGAUCGCUGAUUUAUAUUUUAUCUCCAUUGCAUGUGCGAACGCUCUCCCACCAAAACAAACCGACAGCUUUCCCUCUGUCCAGAACUGAGAACAAAAUCAUAGAUUAUUUCACCUCUGCGCCGGCUGUGACUUCUCUUUUUUGUGUGCACUUUGUCUAAUGAGACUCUUUAAGGAAUCUGCAAUCUGCAGCGCAUCUUCGACGAUGAGAUCCGGGACGGGCGACUGAACAAGGAGGUUUGGUACCCGAAUGCCAGCAGCGAUGCCAUCCUGGCGUACAAGCUGAUCGUGCAGACGGGCCAUGUGGACAAUCCGGUGGACAAGGAGCUGGUGAAGACGAAUCGGCUGGUCUUCAGCGAUGGCAUAAUCAAUCCGAAGGCCUUCUACAAGUAUCUCUCUGCCUGGGCCACCAACGAUGUCUUCGCCUAUGGAGCCUCUCAGGGCAAACUCUAUCCAGAACCGCGUCAGUAUUAUCAUGCGCCCAACGAGUACGACCUGAAGAUACCCAAGAGCCUGCCCCUGGUCUACGCACAGAUGCCCUUCUAUCUGCACGGCCUGACACACACCUCGCAGAUCAAGACCCUGAUCGGACACAUACGCGACCUGAGCGUUAAGUUCGAGGGCUUUGGUCUGCCCAACUAUCCCUCCCGCAUUCCAUUCAUCUUCUGGGAGCAGUACAUGACGUUACGCUCCUCGCUGGCCAUGAUUCUGGCGUGUGUCUUGCAGGCUGCCUUGGUGCUGGUCUCCCUGCUGCUGCUGUCCGUUUGGGCCGCCGUGCUGGUGAUCCUCAGCGUCUUGGCAUCGCUGGCCCAGAUCUUUGGGGCCAUGACCUUGCUGGGCAUCAAGCUGUCGGCCAUACCCGCUGUCAUACUCAUACUGAGCGUGGGCAUGAUGCUCUGCUUCAAUGUGCACAUCUCCCUGGGCUUAUGACUUCGUUGGGCAAUCGUCAACGUCGCGUCCAUCUGGCCAUGCAGCUGUCAUUGGGUCCCCUGGUGCAUGGGAUGCUCACCUCUGGGGUGGCCGUUUUCAUGCUCUCCACGUCCCCCUUCGAGUUCGUCAUCCGCCACUUCUGCUUCCUGCUGAUCGUGGUCCUCUGCGUGGGGGCCGGCAACAGUCUGGUGGUCUUCCCCAUUCUGCUGAGCAUGCUGGGGCCAGAGGCGGAGCUGGUGCCGUUGGAGCAUCCCGAUAGGAUAUCCACGCCCUCACCGCUGCCCGUGCGCAGCAGCAAGCGCUCGAACAAGUCGUUCAGUGGGAACGGCUCGCGUACAUACAAAAAAGAACCACAAGGACUUGAACCAAAAUAGUAUCGCUUAUAUGGAAACGAAUGAAACGAGAGAAAAAAAAGUACUAUUACUAAAUCGAGAAAUAACAAUUACAAACAGACAUAAAAAACAAAAACAACAAAAAAAGCCCUCCCCCGUAACGGUACUUACAACCAAAAUAAAAUGAAAAUAUAAAUACAUAA